AUAUCCUUCUUGGCAUCUCUAUGUUGGUAAUCACGAUUUGUAUUGAUCGGGGUUUACUCAUCAUAAUUUGAAUUUUGUCGAAUACAGUACACAGAGGACUCCAAGUCUCUGUCUGCCUUAUUUAUUUAUAUCUUUACUGUGAGAGAUUGUAACUGAAAAGAAUCGCAAUGGCGACUGAAACUUUAAUCCCAUUAGAAUCCAACCCUGAGGUUAUGAAUAAGUUUCUUCAAAAGUUAGGAGUCCCUAGUCAAUGGAGUAUCGUCGAUGUCAUGGGUCUUGAACCAGAGAUGUUAUCCUGGGUUCCUCGCCCUGUACUCUCGGUUAUGCUUCUCUUCCCUAUAAGUGAUGCUUAUGAAGAACAUAAACAAAAAGAAGAAAGCGAUAUUCUGUCCAAAGGUCAAGAAGUUUCCAGCAACAUUUUCUACAUGAAACAGUUCAUAAGUAAUGCAUGUGGCACUGUUGCUCUUGUGCAUAGUGUUGCUAAUAAUACUGAUAAAAUAGAGCUGGCUGAUGGCCACAUGAAGAAGUUCCUAGAUGAAGCCAAAGAUAUGGAUGCUCCCGCCAGAGGGAAAUUAUUAGAAAAGUCAGAGGGUAUUAUUCAAGGUCAUAAGGAAUUGGCCCUAGAGGGCCAAACUAAUACCCCCAGUGCUGAAGAGCCUGUGAAUCAUCACUUUAUUACUUUUGUACACAAGGAUGGCUUUUUGUAUGAAUUGGAUGGACGUAAAGCUUUCCCCGUUAAUCAUGGGCCUACUACUCCGGAUUCUCUCCUAGAAGAUGCUGCUAAGGUGUGCCAGAGCUUUAUGGCUCGUGAUCCUAAUGAAGUUCGUUUUACAGUGAUUGCUCUGGCUGCUUCCGACUAAUGUACCACUCUGUAGAUUGGAGUAACACUACAGCAAUAUGCAAGCUGCAGUUAUAAUGAGCCAUGCUUUUAUAUCGAAGCUUAAUAUAUUCUCAUGUUUGAUACAAAAAGGUGCAAUGCAAGCUUUUGUGAUACUAUAAAGUAUUUAUUUUGAAAUAGAUGUCUUAAUAAAUUUGUCAAUAAAAUAAAAA